AUGAGUGUGACGUUCGAUUUCCACGGCAAAAAAGCGCUCGUCACCGGAGCCAGUCAAGGUCUCGGUUAUGGCAUAGCAGUUGCUCUCGCUAAAGCUGGCGCUGAAGUGGUAGCCUUGGCUAGGAAUGAAGCAAAACUGGAAGAAUUGCGUAAGGAGGUUAGGAUGUAUUUCGUCAAUUUUGAUGACUGUGUUUGCUUAAUUUAUGAGCACACUCCGCUACACUCCAUUUAA